UUCACCCCUUGUUUCUUUCUUCAUUCCCAAACCACCCCCCUUUCUUUAUAUUAGUGUGUAUAUAUUAACAUAAACAUUAGUUAGCAUACCACAAACUCAGAUAUCAUCACAUAUCAAAGCAAAGCAAAGAAAGAUGAGUGCAACAGGAACAAGAGCAUGGAUGGUGGCAUCAAGCAUUGGAGUAGUGGAGGCAUUGAAGGAUCAAUUGGGUUUGUGUAGGUGGAACUAUGCAUUUAGAUCGCUCCAACAACAUGCUAAGAACAACAUCAGAUCUUACACUCAAGCCCCCAAAUUCUCUUCUUCUGCCUCUGCCUCUGCUGUUUCCAAUAAGGUUAAGAGGUCUAAGGAUGAGUCUAUCAAGAAGGUUAUGGAGUUGGAUUGCUGGGGUCCUAGCACCACAAGGUUCUGAAUUACUCAAUCAAUCAAUCAAUCAUCAAUGCCUAUCUUUUAAUAAUAAUAAACGUUAUUAUUAUUUGUGUGAUGAGGGUUGUUGCUACUACUUUGAAUUUCAGAAGAUCCUUGUCUAAUGUAAUCUCAUUAUUCAUCCAAUUUUGUUAUUAUUAAUGAUAUAAUGGUAAAUAUGAUCUUGACCCCUACACAUAAAGAAAAAUGGUGGUCAAAUUUGCAUGAAA